GUGGUUGCAGAUCAGCUGUGCUGCUUUUUCGGGUCGCGUGGAACGAAAACUGCUUAAUAAGCAGUUUGAUCAUGUGACUUCCAAGCGACCCUGUUACCUACACAAACAGAAAAUUUCAUUCCACAUCACCUUUUUCAGUACACUUACACACCACACCUCCCACCACCAAUCAUUUCCCUCUUCUUCCCCACAUCCGCAACCAUGGCUCAACUGAGCGAAAAUUCCUGGUACGUGUGGUACUUGCGUGAAGUCGAAGCCGGGCACCUCAAGUUGCCUGAGUUUGAUACCAAUGCGGGUGGUGAGGUUCAGAUUCAUUACGGUGAGGUCUACUGUCGCGUGGAUGAAUGCGGCAAGCGCAAGAAGCGGUUCUCCAGUACAAACAAUCUGCGCUCGCAUGUGCGGUCCCAUGACGGUGUGAUCUUGGGCAAGGAUGAUAAAGGAGGCCGGGUCAGCCAGGGCGAGGUGGAUUCGGCUGGUGCCUGGUACAAAAGCCUUUUCGGUGGCAAAAAGCCUAAACAGCCCUGUGACACUUCUGACGAUCUUGAGAUUACUGGUUCUGCUAGUAUUUCUGCUGCCAGCUCUGCUGCUGGCUCUCCAGCUAAAAAGCAGAAGACUAACUAUGUUCCCGGUGUUUUUAAACUUCCGCUGAACAAGGCCGGCAAACCUCAUAUUACCAACAUGCGCAACGUUGUUCCUCACCUUGGGGGCUCAGUGCCUUGCAAGAACUGUGAUGAUAAAAAGUCCUGCUGUCGUGACAUUCAGAAAUGCGCCAACUUUGUUCUUUUUGAUUGCGGAGAUCUGCAUCCGGUUGCGGCUGGUGGUGCUGCUGAGGAAGUCGACGGUAAUGCUGAUGUGGUUUAACUAUUUUAAAAGUACUUGGCAAGUGCUUUGAAAUCGCUUGAAUCUACGGAGGAAAUUGAAUUUGGGACAUGUAUCUAGCUGGCAUAGAAAUGCUUCAGCAAUU